UGCAACCUUUGCAUGAUGAGAGUAGACACAGAGCUUCAGCUCUGAUUUUGACUCUCUCUCAAUCUCGUUCCUUCUCUGGUCGUCACGUAUAUGUCUCCUUGCGCACGUGCAGAGAGCCCAUAUCACCCCCUUCUUCACCACGUGGUCUUUCUUCGCCUUUUGGCAAUGCCCAUAUAAGCCCAUCACCCUCUUACCAUCUCGUUUGCUCUGCUUCUCUCUGUACCCGGCUAUCCCACAAUGCUCUGUUCUUGAUCUUUUUCUUCUUGCCAAACGAAGCGACUUUUUUUCAGAGCCCCGAUAUGGGUUCGGUUCUUCGGCUCAGGAAACUCUGUUACGCGGAGCCAGUGAAGUUCCAGUCGUUUGAGUCCAUCAAGAACGCUGAGAAGAAGCAGCAGCAGCAGCAGAAAGAGAGAGUCGCCUCCGAGGUUGAGAAUGUGGUCCAAAAGGAUGGUGGUGGUGGUGGUGGUGGUGGUGGUGAUGAUGAGGAUGGGAAUAAGAAGAAGAAGAAGAAGAGAAAGAGGAAGAUUAAAGAAUGGAGGUGCAUUGAUUCCUGUUGUUGGAUAAUCGGGUGUUUGUGCACUGUCUGGUGCCUCCUGUUGUUCCUGUACCACUGGUUGCCGGCUGCAUUGCCCGGGUUUCAGCCGCCCAAAUCGCCUGGGGCACGGCUCGGCCGAGAGGGCGUGCACGUUCUUGUCCCUGGCAUCUUGACCGUCGGGCUCGAGCUCUGGGAAGGCAAGCCCUGCAGCGAGGGCCUAUUCUGGAAGCGCCUCUGGGGAGGCAGCUUCACCCAAAUCCUCAAAAGGCCACUUUGUUGGUUGGAGCACCUCUCACUGGACAACGAGACCGGACUCGACCCCCCUGGGAUUCGGGUGCGGGCCGUUCCGGGGCUGGUUGCGGCGGACUAUUUCGCAUCUGGGUAUUUCGUGUGGGCCGUCCUUAUUCAGAAUUUGGCUAAAAUUGGUUAUGAGGAGAAGAAUCUGCAUAUGGCUGCUUAUGACUGAUUAUCAUUCCAGAAUACAGAGAUUAGAGAUCAAGCUCUCAGCAGAUUAAAGAGUACAAUCGAGCUCAUGUAUCUGACCAAUGGGUGCAAGAAAGUGGUAGUGGUUCCUCACUCAAUGGGAGUCGUCUAUUUUCUUCACUUUCUAAAAUGGGUCGAAGUGCCUCCUCCUAUGGGAGGCAAUGGUGGACCCGGUUGGCGUGCCAAGCAUAUUAAAGCAAUUAUGAAUAUCGGUCCACCAUUUCUUGGCGUUCCAAAGGCAGUUAGCAACUUAAUCUCCUCCGAGGGCGAAGACAUUGCCAUCAUCAGAGCAAUGAAUCCUGGGGUUCCGGAUUCUGAAAUUCUUGGGCUUCAGACUCUGGAACAUGCUAUGCGUGUAGCCAGGACAUGGGAUUCAAUUAUCUCGUUAGUCCCUAAAGGAGGAGAGACCAUUUGGGGCGACUUAAAUUGGUCUCCAGAAGAAGGGCGCAGUUGCAGUCUGGCGAGGAGAAGAACCCUGCAAUCAUCUGGAAAUAACAUGAACUCAAACCACACCGAUGUAAAGAGAACUUUCAGCGUCAUGAAAGAGCCUGCAAAGUACGGAAGAAUAAUUUCUUUCGGCAAAGAGGCAUCGUAUUUACCAUCUUUGCAGCUCCCAAGUGUUGAUAUUAAGGAGCUUUUACUUGGAAGCCCCUCAAUCAUAUCUAACUCGACGUGUUGAGAGGUUUGGACUGAGUAUGACGAACUCAGCAGAGAGAGCAUUCGAGAUGUUGCGAACAAUAAAGUGUACACUUCUUGAACUCUCCUCGAUCUGCUACGUUUUGUGGCCCCCAAGAUGAUGCAGCGUGCCGAGGCUCACUUCUCUCGUGGGAUAGCCGAUAAUCUUGACGACCUCAAAUACGACCACUACAAGUACUGGUCGAAUCCGCUUGAAAUGCGGUUGCCGGAUGCUCCUGACAUGGAAAUAUAUUGCUUAUACGGAGUCGGAAUUCCCACUGAAAGAUCAUAUAUCUACAAGAUGGCAACCACAGGCAAAUGCAAGAGCAUUCCCUUCCACAUAGACAGCACGGCUGAGGGAUAUGAGGACAGCUGCUUGAAAGGCGGAGUCUACUUUGUGGAUGGCGACGAGAGCAUGCCCGUCCUUAGCUCCGGCUUCAUGUGCGCCAGAGGGUGGAGAGGGAAAACGAGAUCCAACCCCUCCGGAGCCACCACGUAUGUGAGAGAAUACCAGCACAGGCCCCCGGCAAGCCUGCUCGAGAGCCGAGGUGCCGCAAGCGGUGCCCAUGUCGACAUCAUGGGCAACGUGGCCUUCAUUGAGGACAUCCUCAGGGUUGCCGCAGGGGCUGCCGGCGAGGAGAUUGGCAGUGACAGGAUCUAUUCUGACAUUAUGAGGAUGUCGGAUAGAAUAAAUAUACGGCUUUGAUUCUCCGGCAGAGAUUGAUGAAUGACGAAGUGACAGCCUUCAGGAGAUGACGCUUCUGCUAACAAAUAAGAGGGAGAAAUGCAAAAGCAGAAGAAUUUGCAGCUCGGAGAGAAGAAUAACCAGCCACAUGACGUUUUCACUUCGUUUAGACUUGUAUACGCAGCUAAAAUUGGAGAAUAAAGGCUGCUCUUAGGAAGCUGGCUUGUGGUUGUGAGGACCCACUGCUGAUCUGACCAUAGACUAGCCAGAGCCAGAUUUUGGUCUUUAUGUAGAGGGUCGACAAUAACAUGGAAGACUUCUGCUAACCAAUGUCGUCUUCCUUGUCAGCUGCGUUAUUGGUUGGUAUAAUCAGAUCUCAAUAACAGUUUGGAACUUCUUCAGUUUAUUCAAUUCUUUUUGUUGGUUGUUCCUAGAGGUAGUCUUCCAAUUUGAGGAUGAUAUUUUGAUCAAUGAAAAGGCACGACAUGAGAGGGCCGAGCCUAAAGUUACCCCGUCGGCUACAAACCCGAUCAGUUUGCAGAUUGAUUGGUUGUAUUAUCAUUUCAUCGUGCUGUGGAAGGUUCAAAUCGAUUUUAUAUUAGCGCACUUUUGAGAUGAGUAAAGCUUUGUAUGGAACUCACCUGAUCUAGCAGGAUAGGGAUCGGAUGCACGCAUGACUCACAUUUGCCCCCCUUGUUCUGUUUGAUAAAACCAUGUUCACCGUUUUUCCUCCUCCUGCGCGACUUUCCUCUAGCUCAUAUCAAGAAGCCCUUGACACAAAAAACAAAAAGGUCGAAGGACCAGAAGCACAAUUCACUUAGGUCUACAUGAUGAAACAUUCGUGUACUCACUAGGACGACUCUCAUCCGUGAUUUACCAUGUCGUUAACGAAAAAAAAUCAAAGUCACUAACACGAAAUUACUUAACGUGUUUGAGAAAUUACCACCACUUCCUGAAAAGGGCCAAAGGCCUUUCAAAUGUCGACUGAAUAUAAAAAAAAAAAAAAUUUUUUUGAGAGUGUGAAGGCCAAUGGAGGGCUACACUCGUGAAGGAAUUGAAGAGAUUAGUCCUGUUCCAAAGUCUCAGAACCUAAGACACUCCUAUUACUUGUACCCUCGAGUUAUACUAGCCCGACAUAGAGGACGUUUCCAGACUAUCUAGAAUACUGAAUAGUCCUCCAUGGUUGUGAAGCUUUAUGUGCAUGAGAAAAUCAAAGGAACUUAGAAGAGGAUGCUGCGAAAGAGUUGGAACGAAAUGACUUCUUAGUGAGAACUCCAAAAUGCACAGAUGCAAAUGAAGUGCCGCCAGAGUUUCACGACAGAUGGUUAAUGGAGUGAAGUUGUUCAAUCGGUUCUUCCUUUUGUCUCUUUUAUUCUGUCGAAUGGGUGAAAAAUUAAAGAAAGCACACACAAUAUCACAAGGGAAACAGAAGUAGGCAUAGAAUUCUAGACGGUUCACUGCCAGCAUCCGCUCGUAGCGACAAUCUUAAUCACAGAUGAGGAACAUAUAACAGUUCAACUCCUUCCAUCUUCCAAAUCAGAAGCAAAAAGAGUAGCAAUCAUACAUGACAUUCUAAGUAGGAUUU